CCUUAGUCUACACGUCAGACCUCCACUGAUCGUAAGGACAGCUAAAGAGUACACAACAACACGGACAUCCAUUGUCUUCAUCGCAUCUGCAGGAAGAGUGAGUCGGGAGUCCCAUCAACAUGAGAUUAGGUUUGCAGACGCUCCUCUGCUGCUGUGUGUUGACGGCGGUGCUGCCACUGGUGAGGAGCGCCACCACCGAGCUCAGCACUGGAAUGAAGAAAAGGUUGAAAGUGCGUCUACUGAGUCAGAUGACAAGAGAGGCGGCUGGUGAUGUCCACAUUCGACCAUCACAGCAGGGUGGGGACGCACAAGUGGAAAAGUCACCAUCCUCCAGCCUGUUGCCCAACAUCCGACGAAGACGCUCCACAUUGUCCAAAACGUCUGGUUGCUUCCUGUUUACGUGUGCCUAUCACGACCUGAUCCACCGUCUGCACCAGAUCCACGACUUCGACCAAAGAGUGGUCAGCGCCCCAGAGGUAAAAAUUGGCUCAUCGGGUUAUGGCCGGCGUCGCCGUUCACUCCGGGACGCGAGUCAGCUAAGGACGGGCCACAGGCUCAGAAGGAGCACCGAGACCACCCCGAGGCCUCAGACUAGGCCUGAGAACAUAGAGGAGAACCCUUGCUGUGUGUGUCUGCUCACCGCAGAUGAAGACAAGUUCUCUCACUUAUUAGGACGACUGUAGUAGACGCUCGGUUGGCUCCACCCGCCGGCACAAGCGUCAAAGACAGUGUGAGCAUGCUUAGCUGCUGAUUUUUUGGAUGAGCCUCAUCAGACCUGUGGGACUUGACCACAAUGUCUGUGUCUUCCUCAGCUUCCAAAAGAGGGCAAGAUGGAACUUACAGGAGCAGGGCCAGAUGGCAUUUUUAGAACUGGAGCACAAACCCUCCCCAGCAAAGCAACAAAAUGAUGGAUGAACUGCUCUUGAAGUGGAAUUGAUAGUGUAUUGAGAGUGUAUAUCAACUUAUUUUUAAUCAUGUAUGGCUUCAUAUUUACUGAUAUUUUAGCCCAAAUACAUAUUACACCGCUUCCUGCCUGUAACUUCAGUGAAGUAUUUUAAUGUAUCCAAGCUGACACUCACAUUAGAUGGCAUUAUAUUUCUCAGCUGUACCUAAUGAAGUGUCCACUUUUGUCCUCCUCUCUUGUUGGUGAGCUCACUGAAUGUGAUGUUUAUGGGAAAUAAAUUAUAUGUGGGAGCUCUCACCAAGGCAAGGUGAAGAGCGGCUUUCAUGGCUGCAGCAAGUGAUGGAGACGCUUUAAGGCAAUGGUGUCCAAACUGUGGCCUGAGGGUCAUUUGCUGCUGCAUGUUUCGAAAAUAAAAUUUAACAAAUGAAAAAAAACAGUGAUAAGGGUAAAAUAGAGCAAUAAGACACAAUGUAAAGAGUAAAAGCUGACUGAAUUUAUAUGAAUAACAAAUAACACAAUACUUUUUCUUUGUGGAAAUAGUUUGGACACCCCAGCUUAAGAAAGCAUUGUGCUGUCAUCUAGUGGCAUGGUGCAUACAUGCAGCUUCCUGGGAUCAAACUGCCUCUGUAUUUGAAUGUAAUACACUUUUUUACUUUCUUGUGUACCAGCAGUAAAAGCUAUAUGGUGUCACAUACCAAUGAUCCAUAUCUUGUUUG